GUUUAGUUAUAAAUUGACAGUCAGUGACUGUGGCAGCAAUAACGGUAACAACUAUUAGCGUGAAUUAUUACGUGAUUUAAUAUUUAAAUUUUAAUAUGCACAAGUAAAUACAGAAAAUUUCUUGCAAAAUAAUAUUUAGUGUUUGAAUAUUCGUAAAUCCUUUACAUAAAAAUGCCACCGCAUAACAAUUUCUGUGAUACACAAUUACCAGUGGAAUUGAAUUUUAGUGGUGUUAACACCGCUAUAGAAGUGGAUGUGAAUUCUAACACACAAAGGAAUCAAGCAUGUGGUACAAAAAAUGGGUCACAGGAUACUAAAGUGAUCCAACAUGAUUACGAGACGGUGCUCAAUAUAAUAGGAUUUGGCACUACACAAUGGAUAAUGCUUGUGAUCUGUGGCUUGCUAUUAAUGAUGGUCAUUAAUGAAACAAUGGGCAUGAGCAUAAUAACGAUCGCUUCACAAUGUGAUUUUGCAACAACAUCUGUGGAUAAGGCCAUCAUGGGUGCGGCUUCAUUUAUAGGUAUAGCAUUAUGUUCAUAUGUUUGGGGAUAUCUAAGUGAUACCCUAGGGCGACGCUAUGUCUUGCUUUACUCAACUCUCGGUGGAUGUAUAUGUUCGGCCAUAUCUAUGUUUAUCCCAAACUUCUGGCUGUAUGUAUUCAUGCGCGUUGUCGUGGGUCUAUUCAUUGCAGGUCCUUCCUCCACAACUUAUGCCUUUUUGGGUGAAUUUUAUACGACACGUCACUGUGCGAUUGUAAUGAAUUAUGCGAGUUUAUUUGUGGGCAUCGCGAUGGUUUAUGUGCCGGCCAUUGCUUGGUUGGUGCUUUCAAUGGAUUGGUCCAUUUCGAUAACUGAAAGUUACGCUUUUCGCCCUUGGCGUUUACUGACCUUUUUCAAUCUAUUACCGGGACUUAUAGCAGCUGCAGCUUUAUUUGUAUUGCCUGAAAGUCCUAAACUUCUUCUCUCUUUGCACAAAAAGGAAGAGGCCUUGGCAUCGGUUAACUGGAUUUGUAAGCGCAAUACAGGAAAAGAUUUGGACCAGUUUGGAGUGAAAGAAAUAAAGGUAGAGAGAUUGGUAGAAAGCGAAAUAACAGUUAGUUCGAGCAAAUCAUGCUUUUCAACCAUGAAACAAAUUUGGCAAGAAACUCGUCCUUUAUUGCAACGGCCUUAUGUACUAAACUUUUCGAUAUGCUGUAUUAUUAUGUGUGGUUUAUUUUUCAGUUCGAGCGGUAUGGGCCUUUGGUUUACGGAAAUUCAAAAUAGAGUUAGUUUAAACACAAAUGAGAAUCAAUUAUCGAUUUGUGAAAUAAUUGAUGCCACAUUAACUUUAAAUGAUAAAGAAAAUUUCAAUUCAACAAAGUUAUGUGACGACACGAUUAGCGAUAAGAGUUACAUUGAUUCAAUAUCACUUGGCAUGUGCUUUGUCUUGGGCUAUCUUCUGAUCGGUGGAAUUAUAAAAAUAUUUGGACGCAAAGCUACAAUUAUCGGAUCAAUGUUGGUCAGUACGACAUGUUGUGUGGCUUUAUUUUGGUUACUCAAUCCGAUUGCGAUCGUCGUUUGCUUCAUUAUAUUUCUAACUAUGCCUGGCCUGUGUGUAUCCUUGCUAGGCAGUGCAGUUGUGGAUUUAGUGCCAACACAUUUGCGUGGAAAGGCCGUUUGCAUUUGUUUUUUACUUGGACGUACAGGCAGUAUUUUUGGUAGCAACAUUAUUGGAGUUCUAAUGGAGUCUUAUUGUCAUUUGACAUUCGGAUUCUUUGCUGGUUGUGUACUACUUUGUAUGUUACUCACAUUGUCACUACCCAUCUGAGUGGAAGGCAAAAUCGAAUUAAUUGGCAAUUAAAAUGAAAGUUGUGGGCGUUGUCAGUUAAUUUAUACCUUUUAUAGAAUUAAUCUGAUGUAAUAUUGUUAGCCAAAGUAAUUUUAAAUUAUUUUAAGAAAAUAAAUACAUAGUGGUACUCUAUAAUUAGGGAGUAUCUGAUUAUUAUAUAUACAAGUAUGCACUUAAUUAGUCAUUAGUCAAGUGAUAAACUAUUAAAUUUAAUGUGUUCAGCUGCCCUUAUGUAAAAAAGU